UCUCUCGGCGGUUCAGAUCAGCUUCCGCCAUUCCCUCCCUCCCCUCCAAAGGGCUCCCGUGGCGACGUUGCUCCGUUGCUCCUCCAUUCUCUCUCUCUCAAGUUUCGCCUCGUUCCUACCUGCAUUGCCCAUCCCCGCACUCCUCCCCUCCUACCGAUCUAUCACCCACCCGCGCGCGAACGCCAUGAUGGGAGAAGCCCUGAUAGGCAGGCUGGAGGCAGCGGUAUCCCGGCUGGAGGCACUCAGCGGCGGGGCGCGCGGCGGCCUGUCCGACACUACUGCAUCAGCGCAGGACCCGGCGAUCGUGGCCUUCGACGAUCUUGUCGCCAGCGCGCUCGGCAGGGUGUCCGCGGCCGCCGGCAAGAUCGGGACCGACGUCGCCGAGGUGACGAGAUUGGUGGAGAAGGCGUUCUUGGUUGGGAAGGACCUUCUUGUCAGGACCAACCAGACACAGAAACCAACAAUGGAGUCAGUGACGAUGUUUAUGGGGCCUCUGAAUGAAACGAUCUUGGAGGCCAACGCAUUGGCGGAGGGGACGAGAUCGAUAUAUGCCAACCAUCUAAAAGCAGCAGCCGGUAGCCUGGCAGCUUUGGCAUGGAUUGGUUACACCGGCAAAGGUUGCGGUAUGCCUCUUCCGAUUGCUCAGGUAGAAGAGAGCUGGCAAAUGGCAGAGUUCUACAGCAAUAAGGUGCUUGUGGAAUACAAAAAUAAGGACCCCGAUCAUGUGGAGUGGGUUAAAGCCCUGAAAGAGCUUUACGUGCCCAAUUUGCGUGAUUAUGUGAAGAGGUAUUACCCAUUGGGUCCUGUAUGGCAACCACCAGGAAGUAUAACCAACAAGGCACCUUCAGCCCCUUCCGCUCCUUCUACAUCUCUUUGCAUGUCUUCGGCCUCAUCAUCCCAACCAAAAUCGGGAAUGUCAGCAGUAUUUGCUGAAAUCAGCUCUGGGAAACCAGUGACACAAGGCCUCAGGAAGGUAACUGAUGACAUGAAGAGCAAAAAUAGAACAGAUAAAACAGGUGUUGUAGCUGCUGAAGGAAAAGGAACCCGCAAUGCACUUUCCUUUAGCUCAACUAAAGCUCCUGCUAAAUUGGAGCUCCAAAUGGGUCGCAAAUGGGUGGUUGAGCAUCAUGUUGGGAACAAGAGCUUAAUUAUUGAAGAUUGUGAUACCAAACAGUCCGUGUAUGUAUAUGGAUGCAAGGAUUGUGUGCUGCAAGUCAAAGGGAAAGUGAACAACAUAACAAUUGAUAAGUGCACCAAAGUAGGAGUCUUGUUCAAGGGGGUUGUAGCGGCUUGUGAAAUUGUGAAUUGUAACAGUGCAGAGGUCCAAUGUGAGGGCUCGGUUCCGACUAUAUCAAUAGAUAACACAUCUGGCUGCCAACUUUACUUAAGCAAGGAAUCUUUAGAGGCAUCUAUAACAACCGCUAAAUCAAGUGAAAUCAAUGCUCUUGUUCCAGAUGCAAACAAUGACGGUGAUUGGGCCGAGCAUUCCUUGCCUCAGCAGUAUAUUCACGCGUUCAAAGACGGACAAUUUACGACAUCUCCAGUGUCUCAUUCUGGCGCUUGAUGUCUGCACGGUUGCCAUUUGUUAUUUCCUUUUGUUUACAAUCAGCUAGCUUACCUACCAUUUGGACUUGUAUUCUGUAGUUAGCAAGGUAAUUAGAUAUUAUAGAACAGGUCAAUUUUGAUCGUUUGACUCACUUUUUGGGCUGUUUCUUCUUCCUCUCAUUAUAUUAAUUAUAAAUCCUAGAUGUCCGGAUCUUUCAGAACAAAA